UGAGAGCUCCAAAAGGAAAGCUCCAGAGGACGGGGGGUCCACAGGGGUUCAGGCCUCUCAGGGACCACAGAGCAGACCUGCGGCAGAGGCAGGAUUAGAGCCUAUGGCUCCGGAGUCAACCAGGGCCAGGCAGAGGGCACCAGCUCUUGGCUGCUGAGAGUAGAGCUCUUUGAAAGUCAUCCACUCAGUCAACAUCUACUGAGUGCCAGGCAGUGUCAUCAUCUCUACAGUCAUCAUGGGAGAGAACAGCAGCCUAGAGAAAGGGAGUCUGAGCCCCCCACCCCGUGGGCUCGAAGUCCACAGUAGAGGCCAGCACUAGUGCCUCUGGAGCAACCUUUCCAGCAGAAAAUUCCAUUCUGCCCCAAGGACUCUUCUCCUUACUGCCCCUCUCCCAGGGGGACGCAGACUGCCUUCUCCCUGUUUCCUAAUGGAUGGUGGGCAUCUUCCGAUUUGGAGCACCCUGUCCGCCGCCGCCUCAGAGCCGGGAGAAGCAGCCGGAGCCCCCGCCGCUCCCGCCGCAGCGCGGGCGGUCAGUGCGCAGCCCGGCGCCCGCAGCCCGCAGCCCGCAGCCCGCAGCCGGAUCGCGGGCUCGGACCGAACCCGACCCGACCGCCGCCCCCAGCCAGGCUCCAUGCUGCCGCUUCUGCUAGGCCUGCUGGGCCCAGCGGCCUGCUGGGCCCUGGGCCCGGCCCCCGGCCCAGGCUCCUCAGAGCUGCGCUCGGCCUUCUCGGCGGCACGCACCACUCCCCUGGAGGGCGCGUCGGAGAUGGCGGUGACCUUCGACAAGGUGUACGUGAACAUCGGGGGCGACUUCGACGCGGCCACGGGCCAAUUCCGCUGCCGCGUGCCCGGCGCCUACUUCUUCUCCUUCACGGCUGGCAAGGCCCCACACAAGAGCCUGUCGGUGAUGCUGGUGCGGAACCACGACGAGGUGCAGGCGCUGGCCUUCGACGAGCAGAGGCGGCCCAGCGCACGGCGCGCCGCCAGCCAGAGCGCCAUGCUGCAGCUCGACUACGGCGACACAGUUUGGCUGCGGCUGCAUGGCGCCCCGCAGUACGCGCUGGGCGCGCCCGGCGCCACCUUCAGCGGCUACCUGGUCUACGCCGACGCCGACGCCGACGCGCCUGCGCGCGGGCCGCCCGCGCCCCCCGAGCCGCGCUCGGCAUUCUCGGCGGCGCGCACGCGCAGCCUGGUGGGCUCGGACGCGGGGUCCGGGCCACGGCACCGGCCGCUAGCCUUCGACACCGAGCUGGUCAACAUUGGCGGCGACUUCGACGCGGCGGCCGGCGUGUUCCGCUGCCGCCUGCCCGGCGCCUACUUCUUCUCCUUCACGCUGGGCAAGCUGCCGCGUAAGACGCUGUCGGUGAAGCUGAUGAAGAACCGCGACGAGGUGCAGGCCAUGAUUUACGACGACGGCGCGUCGCGGCGCCGCGAGAUGCAGAGCCAGAGCGUGAUGCUGGCCCUGCGGCGCGGCGACGCCGUCUGGCUGCUCAGCCACGACCACGACGGCUACGGCGCCUACAGCAACCACGGCAAGUACAUCACCUUCUCUGGCUUCUUGGUGUACCCCGACCUCGCCCCCGCCGCCCCGCCAGGCCUCGGGGCCCCGGAACUGCUGUGAGCCCCGGGCCAGAGAGGAGCCCGGGAGGGCCAGGGGCGUGCAUGCUGGGCCGGGCCCGCGGCCCGAACGCCUCGCGCGAGCGCCACGGCCGCCGGGCGCGCCUGGACUCUGCCAAUAAAGCGGAAAGGGGGCCUGCGCAGCGCCCGGCAACCCAG